CGUUGGCCCUUGUAUGCAUUUCUUUGUGGAGCUAUGUUAUGUUUGUUUACAAGCAGUGUAUGUCAUCUCAUGUUCUGCCACUCUCAAUCAUGUUCCUAUAUCAUGCUUCGCCUCGACUACACCGGUAUUGCCGUUCUCAUCGUCACCUCCUUCUACCCAUUAGUCUACUACUCCUUCAUAUGUCACCAAUUCAUUCGAACCACAUACAUAAGUUUCAUCACGGCAUUUGGUGUGGCAAUGGCAAUGGUCUCCCUUCUGCCUGUUUUCCAAACCCCCGGCUUUCGGCCGUUUCGAUCAUCCUUGUUCUUCUGCAUGGGAGUGUCAGGGAUAGUGCCAAUCAUACACAAGGUGAUGAUGUUCAGUGAUCAACAUCCUAAUGCAAUGGUAACAACUGUGUAUGAGUUGUUGAUGGGGGUGUUCUACAUUGUUGGAGUGAUUAUCUAUGUUGUUAGAAUUCCUGAGAGAUGGAUGCCAGGUAUGUUUGAUCUUGUGGGGAAUAGCCAUCAAUUGUUUCAUCUGAUGGUAAUUGCAGGUGCAUACACACAUUAUCUUGCCACCCUUGUUUACCUCCAAUGGAGAGACUCAGAAUAUUCUUGUUAGCUUUC